GCAUGGACGCGUCGAGCGCGAGCGGCGAGAGCGGCGGCGGCGGCGGCGCGGGGGGCGGUCGUGGGGGCAGGAGGUGGAAGGGCAAAGGCGUCACGCCCAUACAGCCGCGGGGGCAGCUGGCGCCGGUCAUGGAGGACGCGUCGGCGGCGUCGCUGCGCCCGCUCAAGAAGAUCGGGCGGGGGCCGGACCGCUUCCAGCGCUCCGCGUCGUCGCUCUCGACGUCUUCGUCGGCCCCGCCGUCCCCUUGCGCCAGCGCCGCCUCGACGGCGGCAGCGGCGUCGCCGCCCUCCGCGCGGCGUAUCUUCCCGUUCGCGUACGAGACCUCGGCGCUGGCGGGUGGGGCGGCCCCGCGGCUGCAGCUCCUACCGUGGCAGCACUCCAGCGCGUCGCAGCCGCAGCGGGCGCCUCCGCAGAGUCAGCAGAUGAUAUCGUUCGGCGCGCCGCCUCAGUACCAGGCGCAGUUCUUGUUGCCGGAGGGCUCCCCGCAGCAGCAGCAUCUGCUACGGUACUGGAGCGAGGCACUGAACCUGAGCCCGCGCGGCGGCCAGGCCGCGGCCGUGCUGCCUUCGCUGUACCAGCACCUGCUGCGGGCUCCCCCGCCGCCGCAGAAGCUGUACCGCGGCGUGCGGCAGCGGCACUGGGGGAAGUGGGUGGCCGAGAUCCGGCUGCCGAGGAACCGCACGCGGCUCUGGCUCGGCACGUUCGACUCCGCCGAGGCCGCCGCCAUGGCGUACGACCGCGAGGCCUUCAAGCUCCGCGGCGAGAACGCACGGCUCAACUUCCCGGACCGGUUCUUCGGGAAGGGCCAAGCCGGGGGGAGCGGCCGCACCAGCGCUAGCUCCACAGCCGCCCAGACCGCUGGCGCCGGGUCUGGCUCGUCGUCGUCGUCAUCACCUCCACAGACACCGGACGAGGCAAGCGGACAACAAACGCCGCCGCCCCACGCAGAAGGAUCGACGGACAAGCAGCCACAGCCUCCGGUGGACACAUCGUCGUCGCAGCAAGGCGGCAGCCCUGGAGACACUACCAUGCCAUCAGUCUCGGCUGAAAUGAUUCACGCGCCGGUGGCUCAUGGCAGCGAGUGGGGUCCGGCCGACGAGGCUUGGUUCAACGUGUGGGGCCCGGGGAGCUCCUUCUGGGACUACGACAUGGACAACACCCCAGGCCUCUUUCUCCAUGGCCGCUUCGCCGGUGAUGAGGCUGGCAUGGAGCAGUCCAGCGCACAAGGAACCGCAGCAACAGCAACCGGGACGGACAUGUCAUGCGAUCACGUCCCGACAAUGUAAACACAAAAGGACCCUUUCAAAUGAUCGAGCAGUUCGUUCCAGCAUGAGCACGAGCGCCUAUUUGACCUUUCUUCGGCCUCCACAGAACUCCAUGAAACACCAUAACCGUGAAAGAGAAAAAAAAAGCUAAGUCCUAACCGGGUAAUUUUUAUCUCCUUUUCACACUCACAAUAUUUUACCACUCAUUCUUGUUGCGAUUCAUGCUUGGCUCUUCUUCUCCAACCUUGACGAAGUUCUCGGCAAAAGGUCCGAUGCGCACAAGAUUGAGAUUACGGUUCGGGUUCACCACCAUCAACAGAUAAAUAUUGAAGCUGGUGGCAUCAAGAUGGCCUCUCCGUGGCGGUACAUAGGGGGCACACAUCAUCGUAGGGGGUGUUCAAAACCCUAAACCAGUCCAACUAGAGAAAAAGCAAAACAAGAGUAGUGUAUCUUUCCUCAUCCUGUUUAGGUUAGGGGCUUUGAACAGCCACAGUACGUGGAGGUCCAAUAGCAAAAAGCACAUGGUCGUGGCCAGUGUGGUGUGGUUAGGCUCGAGGAGCGUGAAGAAUUGGAGGAUGACAUGUUGGCGGAAGGAGGAGGAUCGGAGUGAGCAAGGUGCGACAUGGUGGAUAGGCUAGACAGGCAUGGGUUUUUGCGCAUGGAUGAAUAUAUGCGCAUGGUGCAUGUAACUAAAGAGUAAAGAUCAUGCCUUUAUUUUACUGCUACAUUUCACAGUUCUGAUUUGCUGGUUAGAUAAAUUCAUAAAAUACAGAAUCAUCAACAGGAAGCUCAAAAACAAGCAAUAUAUGUACUUUUGUUAUUGGGUGAGUUAGCAUAAAUGAUGUUACCAGACAAAGUAUUUUUAUGACCUGCUACAAUUCCUGUUACAGUACUACACUGAACAUGGGCAAAAUGUUUCAGAACUCCACUGCAAUUCUGCUUAUACUUGUGAACUACAAUACAAGGCAUCAAGCAUGAAGGUAAUGAACUAGUUUGGUUAUUUCAGGUAACAUAUUUCAUAGGACAACCAGCAAUUCAAUGAACAAUUAAGAUU